UGGGGGGGUAAGGCGGAAGCUGGACCUGGAAUCUUGGGGAGCGCUUGAACUUUGGGCGUUUGCGUGGCUCGUGCUGCGGUUUUUGCUGCCCAGGAUUACAUGUGAAAGAUGGUGUCUCUCUAUCGCUCCUUACUGGUGCCCACUCGCUUAAUGUUGAAGGCCUCCAACAUUGUGGUGCAGUUAACUCUGUAUGGUGCUGGUUGUAUUACUGCUCUUUUCUACUGUAUGUGGGCAUUGUGGCUGAUGCUUACUAAGGGCCCCAGUCAGGUGUUCCAGAAGACUCAGAGGCUACCACCAGAGAGUCUCACUGAUUCCUGUUAUGGUGAACACAAGUAUCUGACCCUCAAGUCAGGGGUACGGCUCCACUAUGUUACAGCUGGUGAAGAAGGGGCAUGCCUGAUGCUUUUUUUGCAUGGAUUUCCCCAGAACUGGUUUUCAUGGCGCCAUCAACUGCAGGAGUUCAGCCAAGCCUUUAAGGUGGUGGCACUCGAUUUGAGGGGCUAUGGCUUUUCUGAUGCACCACUGACUUGUGAGUGCUAUCACAGGGAUGUUCUUUUGGAAGACAUACAUGGUGUCAUCAAAGCUCUGGGCUCCAGUGGAAAAGAUGAGGAUCCCAAGUGCAUCCUGGUAGGUCAUAACUGGGGAGCAGUAAUUGCUUGUGAAUUUGCUACCAUUUACCCUAACUUGGUGGAGAAACUGAUUGUUAUGAAUGGUGUUCCAGUACAUGUUCUCUUUGAGUAUCUCCCAAAGCAUCCCACCCAAGUUAUUAAAUCCCUAUACAUAUUCCUGUUCCAACUACCAAAGAUACCAGAGUGGCUGUGGUCCUUGGAUGACUUCAAUUUAAUAAAAGCUGCCAUAACAAGCCAGAAGACAGGAAUCCGGAAUGUCGGUUCACAGCAGAGGAAUUGGAGGCUUAAUUUGUACGGUUUCUCAAGGCCUAAUGGUUUAACACCACCCAUUAAUUACUACAGGAAUAUCCUCAGCUGGAUGCCUCCAAAAUGCAGAGAUAUUUUGGUGCCUACUCUGCUGCUCUGGGGACAGGAGGAUGCGUUCCUGGAAGAGGGGCUGAUCAGUCAGACACUGCCCUAUCUCCAGGGCAACUACCACGUGCAUCUCUUCCCAGGCUUGAGCCACUGGCUACCUGAGGAACAGCCUGAAAAGGUCAAUCAAGUGAUAUGGGAUUUCCUUCAAGGGAAGAAAUGUAAUGAAGAGCUCGAGUAACUGUUCUGUAAAGUAAAGGCAUCUGUAUUACUUGGCAUGAAGGAAAUGGCAGGAUUUGGAUUUCUGAUCUUUGUUUCCCUGUGGGAUGUCUGCACUGUAUUGGAGUUCAAGUCCUGCGUAGCGUUAAUUGGCAUUGCCCCAAGCCCCACUUCCUUUUUGCGCUGCCAUCAGGAUUAAAAUCCAAUGGAAAAGCAAGUCUUGGCUGUAUUUGCUGAUGUGCUUUACUGUGGCCAAGUCCUGAGCUGUUUCUGACUGCAUAAGCUUGAAAGACAAGGCGUUGCUGGUUUGAAUCAUAUUGAAAUCAAAGUUCUCUUGAUGAAGUCAGCCUCUUGCUGAACUGUGAACCUGGGAGGUACUACCAACGCAUUAUGAAGAAUUUGCUUCCUGGCCCACGAAGGGCUCAAAGGAAUGACUGUGCUAACAGACAUCCUUGAAAACACCUGAGAAGUUAGAAACACUUUGCCAAAAAAAUGGGAUACUCCAUUACUCUAAAAAGAGAAAGAACAAAGACUGCCUCUGUAGCAGGAAAUGUCAAAUGUGUAUGAUACAUUGGGGGAAAAAAGGCACCAUCCAGUAUGUAAAAGAAUGAUGAUGUGUGUAAUUUAGUAUAAUUUAAUAUAGUAUAAGUGCUGCUGGGUGGAAGAUCUGGGUAAGUAUAAUUGUCAACAAACCUGCAUCUGUGAUAAAGAUUUUUGGAGCCACAGAUUUCAUUCAUCCUCAUAUUUUGGACCUGAUAUCUAAAGGGUAGAGUUAGUAGACUGGAUUGUUUGGCUAAGGGGGCUCUAGUGCAGGGCUGAGCCUGGAGAACGCAAGGCUGGAAGCUGCAACCUUCCUUCCCCGCCUUUGGGGUUGACACGCACUAGCUCCGUGUUGUGGCUUAGUGCUGUUGCUGCUACCAGCUGUCUUCUAGGGAGCACCCUGCUUAACAACCCCUCCCUAGCUCCAGCGUGCGAGGGAGGACACCCGCAGCCUAUGCUCCUUCCUGUGGUGUUACCUCCUGGCCUGGUCGCAGUGAGACAUCUCACUAGGGAUAUUGGCUCCUCCUGAGCAACUUCUUGUGUGGGGUGAUAGACCAAUCGCCCAAGAGAUAGACUUAAUCUUAAAACAAGAGAAAGAAAAUAGAACAUGUAACAAUCCUCUUCAGCUUUAAGCAGGGGCAUGUAAAGCAUUAAGUGAGAUAAUGGGGGAAAAUAAAGUUCAAGUCACAUACAGCCACUUAAAAGAAUCUCCCACAGAACAACAAAGGACAAUACAGAACCCAGGGCAAACACACAGUGAUCUUGAUCUGCCCCUGAUUCAGAGGAACUGUGCUGGAAAGAGAGUCCAAGUUGCAUAAAAGACACAAUUUGCACACAAUGUACAGAGAAUACCAGAGACAAUAAAACAUGAAGAGCAACACAACUAAACAUAUCAAAGAUCUAACUCAAAUGCAGUACUUCACUAAUUUUCCCAUGUUCUAGAGAACAGAUUAACAGACUUAAAUCAAAUCCCCUCAUUUGUUUCAUUUGUUAACCCAGCAAUCCCAUUUUAAUCAGAGGUUGGAGGGGAAUCUUCGCUUUCUCUUUCUCCCACUCCCUCCCCCCUUCAACACACUCCUUUUUGGCACACACCUUCUUGCUUCCUUUCUCAGGGAAUUCGGACUGCGGUUUCCAAAAGAACAAAGCCUCUUCUGGCUUGGGGGGAGGGGAGAUCCCCUUUUGCUAAAGUGUGUGUACUUUAAGUGUCUGUCCCUCAAGAUGAUGAUUUGAGUGUCUGAACUGGCAGCUUGCCCACUAGCAUGAGGGGCGGGCUGACUGGCAGGCAGGCUGUGGGAAUGGAGCUUUGCAGCCCGCCUAUUUGAUGCAAAUAGGAAACAUUUUUGCAGUUCAGGGCCUCCAGACACAAGGGUGACAUCACCAGGAAGACAUGAGUGAAAUCUUUGGAUGGGUUCUGUUUUCCUCUCAUUGACUUUUUGGUGCUUUUUUUUUUUUUAAGUAAAAUAUGUUAAGCCUACUGGAAGCUUGAGAGCCAGUUUGGUGUAGUGGUUAAGACAUCAGGCUGGAAACUGGGAGACUCUGAGUCCUAGCCCCACCUGAGACACUAAAGCCAGCUGGGUGACCUUGGGUCAGUCACUCUUAGCCCUAGGAAGGAGG